AUGUGUGAUUCAUGGAAAAAUGAAAUUAAGGUGGAGUUCAGAAGCAGAGCGGUUGAUGCUCUGAUAAAAGAUGCGAUUCAAGAAUAUGCAAAACAGAAGAGAAAGCACAUGAAUGCCUUCCUUUUUGCAUCACAUUUAGCCAACAGUCUGAUUUACAACACAAGGGUUAUCUUUGAUGAGAGCAGCAACACAAGCCAGAAGACAAAAGACACCAUUUUCCAUAUGGUAAACCUGUACCUCUGGCAAGAGUUCCACGAAAUGUACACGGAAGCAGACAAACUGAUCGAAAUAAACUGUUUAUCACAGAGCGCCCUAGAAGAAAUUCUGGAAAUAGAAACAGACAGACUGAACCAAAAAGUAAACUCUUUUAUCAACAACUGGUUCUCGCAUAUUGAGUCACUGGGGUAUUCAAUGUUUGAGAAGGAAGACUAUGUUGAGAAGAUUUUCUCGCUUUUCAAAAACUAUCUCUACACUAAAGACAUCCGAAUAGACGAGAAGUUCGAAAUAUUUGAUGAUCUCAUGGACGACCUAAGCCUGGAAAGAUGCAGUGAAGACUACUCCAUAGAGAGCACUGACUAUGAGACCAUCUUUGGCAGUUGGCCAGAGCAUAAUUCACUGUACGACGAAUGGCUACAGUGGAUCUUUAUGUUCUCAAAAUACUUCUCGCAGAUAUUGUACAACGCAUCCCCACUAGAAGUAAUAAACAGAGAAAAAUUUACCAAACAGAAAGCAAAAACGCUGAAAUUGGUGUAUGACAACAGCGACCUGAACAUCGAAAGAAAACAGAGACUGCUGCUGUUCAUAAAAACACUUGUAUCUCCUCUGAACAUCUUCAUGGACUACGAUGCAGCAGAGCUAUCCGGUGGCCUGGGUCUCAACAGCCUUUGGGAAGAGCAUAUGAAGAAAAAAGAAGAGAUAAAGAAAAAUAAAGAGAUACAAGGUGAAAAAGAAGAUGAAGAUGAAGAAGAUAAAAGCCCGUUUGACAUAUUCAGCAACCUAGGUGAGAUAAAAAAAGGGCUGCAAAAUGAUAAGCUGAAAAGACAGAAGAUAGUGGAGAAGAUUGACAGAGAAAUAGAGAGCAGCAAUAAGAGCAUAAUAUACCCUCUAAUCGAAGAAAAGUACGUUAGAGCAUACAACUUCGUCAGCAGAAUGCUUGCGCGGCUUAAAGAGUACAAUCGGACUAACUACAUAAAAACAGCCGCUGAGUAUCUAGAAGAGAGAAAACAGCUGCACCUUGAUCGAAUAAAAAUGAACGACAGCUUCAUCGAUGAAAUCAACACGAAUGAAUUUUCUAAUAAGAUCACCAAGUUCAUCAAGAACACGAUAAACGAAGAAGUGGAGAGGUACAUAGACACAGCACAAAUAGAGCUAAAAAGAACAGAAGACGGCAAAAAAGAAGAAGCCAUUCGAAAAGACGGAAAAAUAAAGUCGUCAAAACAAGUGCAGUUUAUAAUGGCACUGCUUCUGGUGCUUAUUCUGCUCCUAGCGUUCUCUCUAAUGAGUGCCACUUUCUUUUCUUUCAACCAUCUAUACAGAAAGCGUAUAAGCAAGAGUACUGACUAG